AUGUCAGGCCUGCAACGACGACGUGUCAACAACACGGCUUCGGCCGACGAGACCUGGGGCAGCUCUGAACGACAGACGUCGACCGUGCCAAAGACGGACGAAGACGGUCCCAAAAUCGGAUACGACCCCAAAGACAUACGCACGGCGGAGGAGGAGGAGAAGCAGCCGCGCCUGACGCUCAUGGAGGAGGUGCUGCUGAUGGGGCUCAAGGACCAGCAAGGGUAUCUGUCUUUCUGGAACGACAACAUCUCGUACGCGCUGCGGGGCUGCAUCAUCAUGGAGCUGGCUCUACGUGGCAAGGUCCAGAUGGUGAACGACACAAACCGCCGACGCUUCCCCAUUUCGGACCGGUACAUUGAGGUCAUCAACGACAAGCUGACAGGCGAGGCGCUGCUGGACGAAACCAUCAAAAUCAUGAAGGCCUCUGAAAAGCUCACCGUCGGCACCUGGAUCAAUUAUCUGUCAGGCGAGACCUGGAACCUGUCCAAGAUCAGCUACCAGCUCAAGCAAGUGAGAGAACGGCUUUCCAAGGGCCUGGUCGACAAGGGCAUUCUGAGAACCGAGAAACGCAACUUUUUCCUUUUUGAUAUGCCCACCCACCCCGUCGCAGACACGGGCGCCAAGGAGGACAUCAAAAAACGCGUGCUGUCGCUUCUCACCGCACGUACCGUUGUCAUCAACCCAUCUCCUUAUUUGCCCGAGGGCGUGCCCUUCCGAUACCUCCGAUCUGUCGGAGCAGUAUGUGGCGCCUAUGCUGCCAACGUGCUUGAAAACGUGCUCGCAGAUCUGAGCUACGAGAUGCGUGACCAGGCAUUUGCACGAGCUGACGAUUUGUUGAACGACUUUUCCGAGUGGCCCUUUGUGGAGAAGCCUGGUCAGACCCAGAACGUGGGCGUGAACUUGUUCCAGGAAAUCAACGACGAGAUUGCAGCCAACCCGAAUAAAGAGCUGCAGCUGGAGGUGGUGGCUGGAGUGUUUGACAUUUUUGCAAACUUGGACAGCAUUUUGUGA